AUGCUUUGUUUGCUUUUAUUCGGUGGUUUCUCGCUUGCAAAGCUGAUUUGCCCCGACUCUAAUCCUUUGAAUUGCUAUCCUGAACUUUUUGAGCCAUCUAUUGAGUGGAAACCAGUUAGAGAGGGACAGAUCAUUCCGGGCGGACUAGAUAUACGGCUGAAUAUAGACACACUUGAGCGAGAGGCUAAACUUACGGGAAGUAGCCAGGAAAACGAGAACGGCGCUGUGGCUGUUCCAAAAGACAUCAUGGAACUAGAUGAAGAACAAAAUUUGACUGAAGCCCUUCGUUAUUUAUCCAGAUUUGUGGAUGAUGGAGUUGGCGAUUCAUCUACUCUACUCAAGAAACUGGAAUUUGUUUCGGAGAUGAGCUCCGACUCCGACUAUGGUGUUGACACCAUGCAAUAUAUACAGCCAUUGAUUCGAUUGUCUGGUCUGUAUGGCGAAGAGGGACUGAGACAAAUCAAUGAUGAAGAUCGCAAUGAAGUCAGGGAGCUGGCUACUAUAAUAUUGUCAUCUUCUUUGAGAAAUAACGCAGAGGCACAACGAAAGUUCCUACAAUAUUUCUCUGAUCCCAUGGAUUUCGUUGACCAUCUUACUGCGAAAAUCCAAAAUGAUGUGCUCUUGAGGCGAAGACUAGGGAUACUUGGGUCGUUACUGAAUAGCGGAUCAUUGAUUGAUGAGUUCGAGUCUAUCAAAAAGAAGCUACUGAUUUUGUAUCCCCAAGUGGUAAAUCCAGCCACCAAGCAGCGACUCAUGAACAUUAUAAGUGACAUCACAGGAGACGUUGACGAUGGAGACAUGGAUCGUCAAUUUGCCAAUAUUGCACAGGAUACAUUGAUUAACCAAGAAGCCCUCGACGACGGCACGCUGAGACUUUUGGAUGAACUAAAGAAAUUGAAGCUGAACAACAAGAACCUUUUCAAAGCCAAAUCUGAAUUCCUGGAGUGGCUGAAUAAGCGAAUGGAGGCAUUGAAAGCGGCAAAAGACCCGAAACUGGAAGAGUUCCGAUCUCUUCGACACGAAAUCUUCGGCAACGCGAAAGCCAUGCGAAAGAGCUACGAUGAGCUAUGACCGGGACGCAUUAUCGAAAACUUGACCAGCUUGAGUCUCAAGAGGACCAAAGGAAUCAAACGAUGGCAAAUCGUCACGAUAGCUAUGAGAAUAAGGUACAGCUUCAGAUUCACCUUGAGAUUAUAGCUCUUCAUGACAUCUUCGCCAGUGUUGAAUAGACACUCUCCAUUGUUCACGCGCUCUUCGUCAGUGCAAUACAGUUUCAGCUUUUUGGUGAAGACGAGGUUGCUUAUCGACAUCACGCAAUAAUGCGCCGGCGAAAGAUAGUUUAGUGCUCUCAAGAAACUGUCAAGUGUCAUAGCUAACAAACCAGCCAUAGCAACACCAACUGAACAAAUAAUCGAGAUGACAUUGAGCGCAAAGCCAGGAUGAUCGAACAUGGUGUUGAACGAGAGCCCCACAGAUUCUCCUGCGUUGAUGACGAGAGCCGAUGUGUACACCAUUGUGAAGAAUAGGCCAACAUCGUAUUGAAAUCCCACGACGAAGACCAAGAACACAGAAAACACCAAUGCAUUGAAUAUUUCGAACGGUAUUUCGAUGAGCGUGUAGCUGACAAAGAACGAGUACAAGUUCGUAGCAUCGUCGCUGUACUCCUCAUAGAAAAAGUCUCGCUCCCGCGGAUACGCAGCCAUGUUGUUGAGCAUUCCAGUGAAGUAAAUGGAGACAAUCUGCUGGAUCAAACCUAGUCUAUUCUGUAUGCUUGUGUUGUUGUGUUUGAGUCUCGCAAAGAACAGACUAAGAAUAACUCCCAUACCAAUCACUUGCGUGCAUCUUGCAAAUAAGAUGUUUUUAUCGCGGAUUAAGGUGAGAAUCUGUCGUUGCGUAAGCACAUACAGUCCAGUGACAAAAUCAACAGGCUGCUUAACGAAAGCCUGGAAUUCAGAGUAGAGAUCUGCUUUCGAUGUGAGCUUCCGCCGAGGUACGAUGCGAAGAUUUUCGGUCUUCCAGGCACCGACAAUGUGCGCCACUCGUUCCCUAGUGCGCCUCUCCACUUCCUCAUGGGUUGUGCUGUACGAUAUCAUAUCGAUGACGUAAUCAGCGAGAUUGGUGAACUUGGGGAUCGGAUACCCGAUAGAGGUGAAAUGGUCGACCAAUUCUUCUUGCGUGCCAUUGAAAGCCACCUGGCCGCCCUUGGCAAGCAGCAGAAUGCGGCCAAAACCUUCGAGUGUGCGUGGCUGGUGGAUGGUCAUUAUGACUGUUGUUCCAGAGCUUGCCAGAUGAUCCAGGCAUUCCAAGAUCGAGGACGCAGUAAACGAGUCCAAUCCUGACGUAGGCUCAUCCAAGAUGAGCAUCUUUGGUGAUGACAGGAGCUGAAUGGCAAUGGAGAGCCGACGUUUCUCGCCUCCAGAAAUUCCCUUGAUCAGUUCGUUACCGACUAGGGUAUCGGCACAAUCCCGCAGACCGACCUGUAAGAUCAACCUGUCCACCAGGGAAUUGAUCUCAGACGAGGACAGUUUGACUUUGGAGCGUCUCAUCCGAGCUGAAAAGCGCAAUGUUUCCCUGACAGUGAUGGAAGGCAGAAGAUGGUGAUCAUCCUGCUGAACGUAAGAACAGAUCGGUCGGAUGGUAUCGAAUUCUGUCUCGCAGUCGUUUAAAUACACCACGCCUGAAGAGGAGUACCGAGUGAACAAAGUUGAUUUCAAACGGCCGCUCAUCAGGUUCAGCAGCGAGGUUUUCCCAGAGCCGGAAGGGCCCAUUAUAAUGUUGAGUUUUCCCGACUCAAAGUUGCAAGACACAUUGUUUAAGAUCUGUUUUUUUCCUCUACGGGCCAGUUUGUUUUCCACAUAUAGGUUCACAUCGCAAACACGGAUGUCCAGAGGUUGAUCAGAUUGAGGAGGGGGUCGUGAGAUUUUGGCUGAAGUGGCUGACUUUGUCUCGCUUCGUUUCACUUCUUUGGCCAUGGUCACAUCCUCAGGCUUAAUCUUCAGAAUCACGCCAGCUACCACGAAAGUGCCCACAAAGAAUGCAACAAGAACACCAAAUGGGAGCGCUAUCCAGUUCUCCCAGAAACCAAGGCUGUUGGUGAUGUAUGAGCCCGUAUAUGCACGACAAAUGUCCUCCACAUCGGGCGAGUCAGCGUAUUCUUUGAAACAGUCGCCCCUGUAGCCUGUGAAUUGGUUGGAAAUGAGAAGCCCAUAGGAGUACCAUUGGUAUGCGACGUAUUUGCACCAACGCACAUAAACAGGCAUCUGCUUCGCAUUCACGUACAUUCCGUUAGUCAUCGUUUGGAAAGUGAAAUUGAGGUUGCAAAUGAGUGUAGCCAGAGCAACAUCUCUUGUGAGGGAGGCCGCCAAGGUUGCAAAUGCCAUGGAGUUUAAAUGGAAGAGUAUGUUUGCCGCAAAAAAACGGAAGAAAUAAAUAGAUGAAUCUGUUCGAAGACCAACCAUAAAGUAAGUGCAC